AGUAAGAGGGAAGUGUGUUGAAAAAAAGGAGUGGGUUUGGUUUUAAUUGCGGAGAGGAAAUAAUGUCACAAGAGUCGGAGGAGAUAAAGAGCAUUGAGCAGUGGAAAUGGUCUGAAAUGCAAGGCCUUGAACUUGUUGUGUCAGCAGAAGACUCCUCCUCUUUUAAACCCAACAACUCUCCCUCCUCUAUUAUCCCUACACCAUUAACUGCUACUCUCACUAAUACACAGACUGGGAAAGAGAGAGAAGAAGGAGAUAUGGAUGGUUCUGAAGGGAACACAGGAGGCGGCGCCGCUACUGCUACUGCUACUGGAGAUGGAGAGAAGCCCAGUUCCCCUCCGCCUGCGGUUGGGUUUGGGGAGCUUUUCAGAUUUGCGGAUGGUUUGGACUAUGUUCUCAUGGGAAUUGGGAGCCUGGGUGCCAUUGUCCAUGGCUCUUCACUCCCCCUGUUCCUUAGAUUCUUUGCUGAUCUUGUUAAUUCUUUUGGUUCCUAUGCUAAUGAUGUUGAUAAGAUGACUCAAGAAGUUUUGAAGUAUGCAUUUUAUUUUCUUGUAGUUGGAGCUGCAAUAUGGGCAUCUUCAUGGGCAGAGAUUUCAUGUUGGAUGUGGACUGGGGAGAGGCAAUCAGCUAAAAUGAGGAUCAAGUACUUAGAGGCUGCUCUGAAUCAAGAUAUUCAAUUCUUUGAUACUGAGGUUCGGACAUCAGAUGUUGUGUUUACCAUCAACACUGAUGCAGUGAUGGUCCAGGAUGCCAUCAGUGAGAAGUUGGGAAACUUCCUUCACUACAUGGCAACAUUUGUGUCUGGGUUUGUGGUUGGUUUCACGGCAGUUUGGCAGUUAGCUUUGGUCACUCUUGCUGUGGUUCCUCUCAUAGCUGUGAUUGGGGCCAUUCACACCAUGACAUUAGCCAAGCUUUCUGGGAAGAGCCAAGAAGCGCUUUCAAAAGCAGGAAACAUUGUGGAACAGACAGUGGUUCAAAUCCGAACAGUAUUUGCCUUUGUUGGUGAGACAAAAGCAUUACAAGCCUAUUCUGCUGCAUUGAAGGUUGCCCAGAAACUUGGUUACAAGAGUGGCUUAUCUAAAGGCCUGGGACUGGGAGCUACAUAUUUCACUGUUUUCUGCUGUUAUGCCCUUUUACUGUGGUAUGGAGGCUAUUUGGUUAGGCAUCAUACCACAAAUGGAGGACUUGCACUGGCCACAAUGUUCGCUGUCAUGAUCGGUGGACUGGCAUUGGGGCAAUCUGCCCCUAGCAUGACUGCAUUUGUGAAGGCUAGAGUUUCAGCUGCCAGAAUAUACCGUAUAAUCGAUCACAAACCGAGUGUUGAGAGGAAUAGCGAAAGCGGGUUGGAAUUAGAUUGUGUUACUGGACAAUUAGAGCUGAAGAAUGUAGAAUUCUGCUACCCUUCAAGGCCUGAUAUUCAAAUUCUCAACAACUUUUCCCUCCUUGUCCCUGCUGGGAAGACAAUUGCCUUGGUUGGAAGUAGUGGUUCUGGGAAAAGCACUGUGGUCUCCCUUAUUGAGAGGUUCUAUGAUCCCACCUCAGGACAAGUCGUACUGGAUGGACAUGAUAUCAAGACAUUAAAGCUUAGAUGGCUAAGGCAACAAAUCGGGCUUGUAAGCCAAGAGCCAGCACUAUUUGCCACCACGAUCAAAGAAAACAUACUAUUGGGUCGACCAGAUGCCAGUUCUAAUGAGGUCGAAGAGGCUGCCAGAGUUGCAAAUGCUCAUUCCUUCAUUAUCAAGCUCCCCGAUGGUUUUGAUACUCAGGUAGGAGAGCGGGGGUUACAAUUAUCUGGUGGACAGAAGCAAAGAAUAGCUAUUGCAAGGGCGAUGCUUAAGAACCCUGCAAUCCUGCUGUUGGAUGAGGCGACAAGUGCAUUAGAUUCCGAAUCGGAGAAGCUAGUGCAAGAGGCUCUCGACAGGUUCAUGAUUGGAAGGACGACUCUUGUCAUUGCCCAUCGCCUUUCUACCAUCCGCAAGGCUGACCUCGUGGCCGUUCUGCAGCAAGGCAGUGUAUCCGAAAUCGGGUCCCAUGAUGAGCUCAUUUCUAAAGGAGAACAUGGUGUGUAUGCUAAACUUAUUAGAAUGCAGGAAGCAGCUCACGAAACAGCUAUGAAUAAUGCAAGAAAGAGCAGUGCCAGGCCUUCUAGUGCUAGGAACUCUGUGAGCUCACCGAUAAUAGCAAGAAACUCGUCAUAUGGGCGAUCUCCAUACUCUCGUCGCCUAUCUGACUUCUCUACCUCUGACUUUAGCCUGUCCUUGGAUGCUGCAUAUCCUAAUUAUCGCCAUGAAAAGCUUGCGUUCAAGGACCAAGCUAGUUCCUUCUGGCGCCUUGCGAAGAUGAACUCUCCUGAGUGGGCUUACGCUUUAGUUGGCUCCAUUGGCUCUGUCAUCUGUGGUUCUCUUAGUGCAUUCUUUGCAUAUGUCCUGAGUGCUGUUCUUAGCGUGUAUUACAAUCCAGACCAUGCUUACAUGAUUAGAGAAAUCGCGAAAUAUUGUUAUCUUUUAAUUGGUGUCUCGUCUGCUGCUCUCAUUUUCAACACAUUGCAACACUUCUUCUGGGAUGUUGUGGGAGAGAACUUGACAAAGAGAGUUCGGGAAAAAAUGUUGGCAGCUGUGCUCAAGAAUGAAUUGGCCUGGUUCGAUCAGGAAGAAAAUGAGAGUUCUAGAGUUGCAGCAAGGCUUGCGUUGGACGCAAACAAUGUGAGGUCAGCCAUCGGGGAUCGAAUCUCGGUUAUUAUGCAGAACUCAGCCCUCAUGCUAGUUGCAUGCACAGCAGGAUUUGUAUUGCAGUGGCGUCUAUCGCUUGUCCUAAUUGCUGUUUUCCCUGUGGUUGUUGCUGCAACUGUUUUGCAGAAAAUGUUCUUGCAAGGGUUCUCGGGAGAUCUUGAAGCUGCUCAUGCGAAAGGCACACAACUUGCUGGUGAAGCUGUAGCCAAUGUAAGAACGGUUGCAGCGUUUAAUUCAGAAACGAAAAUCGUUAGCCUUUUCAGUUCCAAUCUCCAAACUCCGCUUAGGAGGUGCUUCUGGAAGGGACAGAUUGCUGGAAGUGGAUAUGGAAUAGCCCAGUUCUUGCUUUAUGCUUCCUAUGCUCUUGGUCUUUGGUACGCUUCUUGGCUUGUGAAGCAUGGAAUCUCUGACUUCUCGAAGACAAUCCGUGUGUUCAUGGUCCUCAUGGUGUCUGCUAAUGGGGCAGCUGAAACACUAACCUUAGCACCUGACUUUAUUAAGGGCGGGCGGGCAAUGAGGUCAGUUUUCGAACUCCUAGACCGCAAGACUGAAAUCGAGCCCGAUGAUCCAGAUGCCACCCCCGUGCCUGACAAAAUCCGUGGUGAAGUUGAGUUCAAGCAUGUAGACUUCUCCUAUCCUUCCAGGCCUGAUGUGCCAAUUUUCAAGGAUUUGAACCUUCGGGCUAGAGCUGGUAAAACUCUUGCACUUGUUGGCCCGAGUGGAUGUGGGAAGAGCUCGGUGAUUGCACUUAUAGAGAGGUUCUAUGAGCCAUCAUCUGGGCGGGUUAUGAUCGAUGGCAAAGAUAUCCGAAAAUACAAUCUCAAGUCACUUAGACGCCACGUUGCUGUGGUGCCACAAGAGCCUUGCCUGUUUGCUACAACCAUAUAUGAAAACAUUGCUUAUGGACAUGAAUCAGCAAGUGAAGCUGAGAUAAUCGAAGCAGCAACGUUGGCAAAUGCUCACAAGUUCGUUUCAGCAUUGCCCGAUGGCUACAAAACCUUCGUUGGCGAAAGAGGAGUUCAGCUCUCUGGAGGACAGAAGCAGAGAAUCGCAAUUGCCCGAGCCUUCCUGAGGAAAGCAGAGCUAAUGCUGCUGGACGAAGCCACAAGCGCCCUCGAUGCUGAGUCCGAAAGGUGCGUGCAAGAAGCGCUGGAGCGCGCCUGUGCUGGAAAGACGACAAUCGUGGUUGCACACAGGCUAUCCACUAUCAGAAAUGCUCAGGUGAUUGCAGUGAUAGACGAUGGAAAAGUAGCAGAACAAGGCUCUCACUCUCAUCUGCUCAAGCACUACCCUGAUGGCAUCUACGCUCGCAUGAUACAGUUACAACGGUUCACACACGGGGAAGCAGUGAACAUGGCAACGAGCUCGACAUCUGGACGCCCCAGGGAAGAUCAAGAUUGAGAUUUGAGAGAGAAGAAGGAAGACAUUGAUUAGGGGCAGGAGGAAAAAUCCAAGUAGUAAGGAGUAUACUGCAAGCAAGCCUGCUACUAUUAUUUUUGGAUGCCACUCUUUCCUUAACUGUUUUGUUAUGGUAUAGCAUAGUAUAUUAUGUGCAUUAAUCUAAUUUAUGUUUUUCACUUCAGCUC